UUUACCGUCAUAUGUUCGCAUUCAGCAUUUAUAACAUAAAUGUUUUCGAUUCCUUUGAUUUGGAGCCCUUAGCCUCACCUUUCCCCCUUCCCAUGCUCAUUCGGUGACUGACGUCAGGUCCGAGUUCGGCUCUCAAUCAGCUCGCCAAUCAGCAACUGGACCGUGCGACACAUUCUCUGACCGACAGCUCUUCCUUGCCUUCUUGGCCGACCAAGCAAUUCAAACCUCCGAGUCCCAGGAAGUCACCAAAGCUCUCAAAGCUCUCAGAUCGUGACUGCCUUGAAGCUCCACCUCGAAACCACCUGCCCGGUCCAAGCACACGAGCGUCGCGAUAGCAUAUCAAUCGAUUAUUUCCACCAGCCAUGCGCAGUUUCACAUUCAAGUGGCCCCAGCCAGCGGACGAAGUCUUCGUGACGGGGACCUUCGACAGCUGGGCGAAAACCACGCGUCUGGACCGGGUUGGCCAGGGUUUUGAAAGAACACUGGAGUUCCCGGAUUCUCCUGGCAAGAUCGUAUACAAGUUUGUCGUCGACGGACGCUGGGAACUCGAUACUACUGCGCCGCAAGAGAAAGACGAUCAAGGAAUUGUCAACAACAUCCUGCUACCGGAACAAAUGGACAAGGUCGAGGAAGCUUCCCAGGCUGCGGCCAUCAACAACCUCGUGCCCGAUUCCACCUCGGUUCAAUUGGCUGGCGCUGUGCCUCUGGAGAGCAAGAAGGAAGCACAACAGAAGGACAAGCCCGAGGUCACAGAGGGCGGGAGCUCAGGUGCUGCUGCCACACUCAACUCGGCGGCCCCCGACUCUACAACAGCCCAAUUGGCCGCCGCUGUUCCGCUGGAAGACAAACAGGCAUUGGCCUCGACCCCAGGCAGCUUUCCUGAAACGCCGGCCGCCGACCUCAACAAAGAGGUGAAGGUCGACCCGCUCCCAGCCGCCGAUGGUGCCGUAAAUCCCAUCAAACUCCAGCCUGGCGAGCAAGUUCCCAAGGAUUUCUCAGCCGGCGCCGUGGACAGCCACGUCACUCUUGACAAGGAAUCGUACGAGAAGAGCGAUCGCAUCCCGGGCGUUGAGACCACUCUUCCCUACGUUACAGGCAACAUGAUUCCCGAGUCGAGCUUGCCCAUCACGGGAGCCAACGACGUCAACAUCAACACCGUCGCUCCUGAAUCAACCACGGCCAAUCUGGCCGGCGAGGUCCCCCUGGAGCCCAAGGUUCCUGACAUCGUCAAAAAGAGUCAAGAGCAGGCAGAGGUUGAACCGGAGGCAAGCGCCAAUAGUGAGGAAGUGAAGGAGAAGGCGGCCGUUGAAGAUGAGCUCCUGGCAAAGGUUCCCGAAGCUCCGUCGACGUCGGAGGGCACCGCUGGCAAGGGGACAGAGAAGUCCGAGACGGACAAGACAGGGGUUGAGACGGUGCUCGCUGCUACGAGCACGGCCGGCGCAGCGGCGUUGGGCGCGGCGACCUCUGCCGGCGAAGUGGCGCUCGGUGCGGCGAUAACCGCGGCCGAGACCGCUGGUCCCGUUGCGGCUGGUGCUGCGACCAAGGCCGGUGGCGCCGCCGCUGGGGUUGCGGCCCAGGCGAGCGAUGCUGCUGCUAACAUUGCGUCCGUGGUGACAACCGUCGCAACCGACGCCGCCAACAGCCUGUCCAAUGCUGUCAAGGGAGUCUUGCCGGGCGCCACCCACGAGGCCGAGACUGUGGUCCAGGAAAAGCAGAAGGCUGCCAUUGACAGCGUGUCUCCGGAAGUUCCGGCCGAGGUUAAGGAGUCCAUGCGGGAGGCGGGCGCGAGCCCGGAGGCUGCUGUUAACAGUGCUGCUGUGGAAGAAAAGAAAGGGUACGAAGCCGAGCUGCUUGAGAAGGUGAAGCCGGCCGAGGCGGUCGGUGGAUCGUCGGCGGAGGCCACCGAAAAGGUGAAAGCAGCGGAGGAGACCAAGCCUACCGGGGAGAGCAGACCUGCCGAGGAGAACAAGCUUGCGGCUGUGACAAAUAUGGAGGCUAUCGAGACCCUCCCUAAAGUCGAGCCUGCCGAGGCCCCCCAAGCCGAGACCAAGCCGAAACCUUCUGAUGAGGGCACGGUUCUGGCUGUAGAACCCCCUCAGCCUAUUGAGGCCGUCAAGGCUGUCGACGAGGCCAAGCCCUCGGAAACGCCAAAGCCUGUUGAAGAAGCCAAGCCCACCGAGGACAGUGCGCCCGCGGUGACCGCCUUGGCUGCUGAGCCACCAAAGCCCACCGAGGAAGUGAAGGCCGUCGAUGUGGCUCCGAGCACAGAGACUCCCAAGGCGACUGAAGAGACAAAGCCUACUAAACCGGCCACAGCUGUGCCUGCGCCUACGGAGAUUGAGGCUGUGAGACCUGCGGUUGAACAAGCCGCGACAGCCGAGCAGGCUGCGCCGGUUGAGGCGGCGGCCAAACACGCUGCACCCAACGGCACCACCAACACCACCGCCGGCGCCAGCUCGAGCAAGGCUACGUCGGACAAGAAGAAGAAGCAUAGGAUCAGCGGCUUCUUCAACAAACUGAAGGAGAAGCUGAAGUAG